AUGCGCUGGAGACCGCUGUGCCAGCUCCUGUGCCUUUGGCCCUACCUGUCCUAUGUCCAGCCUAUGCCGAUCCAGAAAGUCCAGGAUGACACCAAAACCCUCAUCAAGACCAUUGUCACCAGGAUCAAUGACAUUUCACACUCGCAGUCUGUGUCUUCCAAGCAGAGGGUUACUGGUUUGGAUUUCAUUCCUGGGUUCCAUCCCAUCCUGAGUUUGUCUAAGAUGGACCAGACACUGGCAAUCUACCAACAGAUCUUCACCAGUCUGCCUCCCCAUAAUAUGGUACAAAUAUCGAAUGACCUGGAGAACCUCCGAGACCUUGUCCACCUGCUGGCCUCCACCAAGAGCUGCCCACUGCCCCAGACAAGCGGUCUGCAGAAGCUGGAGAACUUAGACGGUGUCAUGGAAGCCUCACUCUACUCCACCGAGGUGGUGGCCCUGAGCAGGCUGCAAGGCUCUCUGCAGGACAUGUUGCAGCAGCUGGACGUUGGUCCUGGCUGCUGA